GUCCGCACGGUGGUCGGCGGGCCCGUCGGCGCUGAGGGAGAACGGCCGCCCUCCGGCCCGCGCGCGCUGCGCUCUCUGCCCCUCCGGCCCCGCCCGUCGGCCGCGCCGCGCCGCGUCAUGCCAGGCGCUGCUGGGUGCUAGUGCCCGGGCCGCCGCCCUGCCGCCCGCCCGCCCAAAGCCGCGCCCACUGCCCAGAGCCAGAGGGAUGGUGGUAGUCACGGGGCGGGAGCCAGACAGCCGUCGCCCGGACAGUGCCAUGUCCAGCUCCGACGCCGAAGACGACUUUCUGGAGCCGGCCACCCCGACGGCCACGCAGGCGGGGCACGCACUGCCCCUGCUGCCGCAGGAGUUCCCUGAGGUCGUCCCCCUUAACAUCGGAGGGGCUCACUUCACCACACGCCUGUCCACCCUGCGGCGCUACGAGGACACCAUGCUGGCCGCCAUGUUCAGCGGGCGGCACUACAUCCCCACGGACGCCGAGGGCCGCUACUUCAUUGAUCGGGACGGCACGCACUUCGGAGAUGUGCUGAACUUCCUGCGAUCGGGGGACCUGCCACCCCGGGAACGCGUGCGGGCCGUGUACAAAGAGGCCCAGUACUAUGCCAUCGGGCCCCUCCUGGAGCAGCUGGAGAAUAUGCAGCCACUGAAGGGGGAGAAAGUGCGCCAGGCAUUCCUGGGACUCAUGCCCUAUUACAAAGUGAUGGGUGCUGUGUUCACCCCCACAGACCAUUUGGAGAGGAUUGUGGAGAUUGCCCGGCUGCGCGCCGUCCAGCGGAAGGCCCGCUUUGCCAAGCUCAAGGUCUGUGUCUUCAAGGAGGAGAUGCCCAUCACCCCCUACGAGUGUCCGCUUCUCAACUCCCUGCGCUUCGAGCGGAGCGAGAGUGACGGGCAGCUCUUUGAGCACCACUGCGAGGUGGACGUGUCUUUUGGGCCCUGGGAAGCCGUGGCUGACGUUUAUGACCUGCUGCACUGCCUGGUCACGGACCUCUCAGCCCAGGGCCUCACCGUGGACCACCAGUGCAUCGGGGUGUGUGACAAGCACCUCAUCAACCACUACUACUGCAAGCGCCCCAUCUAUGAGUUCAAGAUCACGUGGUGGUGAGUAGCCCUGGCAGGGAACAGAGUCCCGUCAGGGAGGGUGUCCGUUCCUCUUGGUGGCUCUGGGAGUGAGGUCCCUGGAAGGGCUCCUGGCUGCCCCAGAACCUGCUGAGGUGAGGACGGGUCCUGAGGCACAGCUCCAGGCGGAUGCAGGUGCAGCCCCAGUCUCCCUGGCUGUACCUUGGGGCCAGGUUCAGGGCCGGGGGCCCACGGGGACUUGGCCUGCACUCACCUGGCCUCUUCUCGAGGCAUGGCAGCCUCUGCCUGAGGUUGAUGGGGUCCGGCUAGCAAGGGCUUGAUGGGAAGUCCAGAGAGGUUUCAUCAUUUUCUUGACCUCGCAAGAGAGUUUCUGCCCUUUUCAGAGCCGCAUUACCAAACUGAUGUAGGCAUAACCACUCCACCCUGUUUUCGUGUCCCAUCCUUGUGCUCAGUGUAUUGGUAAGAUGUAGAACGUGAUGGGGGAUUUACCCAGGGAGCCCGCCCACAGCCCCCUGGCUGAAGAAGGAACGUUUUCUCUCCCUCUUCCCCCCACGAGAGCCCCAUGCUUUGUUUUAGGAUGUGGAAAGACUCUUUUCCUCCCAAGACAUAUUCUUCACCACCUCUUGGAGAUGUAACCUUAGUUGCCAAAGCCAUGCACCAGGUUGGCCUUAGAAAAGCACAAUGUUUACAGCCCUGCCUCAGGGCCUUGGCUUCUCCUGCCUCCCACCAACCUUCCUCGCUUGAAGGGUUAUCUUCUCACUGGGCUGGAAUGCACAUUUCAGGGACUCCUUUUGAAGAUUCCCUAAGUCAAGCAGGCAAGAUGCCUAGAUCUGCUGUUAUCUUUGAGACGCAGCGUACUUUCUAGAGGCUCAGAAUACCUCCUUGGCUGCUGUUCCGUGUGUUAGGAUCCAAUUUAUGGUGAACCUCCUUGGAUGGGAACCCCUGUUGCUUUUUCCUGCGAACGUCCUCCUUCUAGGAGAUUGUCUGUCUUGGGGAAGGAAAGGGAGGGCUGGGGGAGAGGCGCAGCUCUCCUAGGAGCUGCGGGAAGACAGCGGCAAGCCUCCAUUACGUUUGACUCCCCACAAUUCGGAGAGAAAAAGAGCCACCAGCUUCUGCUCCACUGCAUUUCCUUCCUGCGCUGUCUGCAGCCUGGGGCAGCGCGUCGGGGUGUGGGCGUGCGCCCCCUAGAGGAAACGCACCGCUCGUUGCAAUGGGACAUUCCUGCGCUGGGAGCAGGGCUUCUCCCUGUCAUUGUGAUUGAACUUGACUCCUCCUGGGUGUUGCUGGAGGGAGAUUUUUUUUCUCUCAGCCUCAUCGGUCUCAGUCUUACGAGACCAGAUAGGUGAGGAGGGUGGUGGGGGAGCUGAGGAAGAGAAGGCUACGCCCUGGGUCCUUGGCUGAAUUCCUUCACAAGGCAGUGACCCCUUGGCCCCUGUGUGGGAAGAUUCCAGGGCAUGGCCUCCCAUUCCCACACUGUAUUCUCAUGUGUGUGGAGCAGGCCUCCAGGCUGACAUCCAAGGGGACGGUACAGGCAGUGGUUCAGGUUCCGAGAUAACAUGUUCUCUCCUCGUUCUCACCCGCAAACGGCUUGUCACUUUUCUGGAGCUGAUGUGCCUGCUCGGACCUUACCCCAACAGCACGACUCUUGCCUUGUCCUCGCAGGAAAGUCUUUUAUUUAAGUUGUCCAGAUUGGCCAAUAGAUCGAACUCUAAUACAGGUUCGUUUUUUGACAGACACUGAGGCAGGCUAUUCAGGAGGGAGCCACUGUGAGGAGAGAGCACAUAGUUAAGCCCAGUGCUCCCAGCAGCCUGACCUCAGCCCCUUCUCUUUCCCUCCCCUGCCCAGAGCAUCCCAGCGCUUGGUUAUUUAGAGUCCACACACGUAAGACAGGGAGUGACUGGCUCACACAAACGCAGGUUUGCUCCAAAUCAGGGCCUGAAGACUUGCUUGGGGCUUCAGGGGCGCUGGAUGAGAGCACUGUCCCUGUGCCUCUUGCUGGAGACACCCCCGUUUCUCUGCCCCCCCGUGUUGUCCUCGCAGUGGUGUGCUCUGUGCUGUCAUGGGGAGACAAGGCCGUAGGCCAGUAGCCCAGGCAGACCUGGGGCACCAGUGGCCAUCUUACAGCUCCUUUUAAAUGGAGUAAAAGAAUUUGGUGGCCCUGGUUGGCCAUUGUCGGAUGAAAAGCCAAGGCCAGGCAGCAAAGUGCUCUUGGGUGUCGGGGUUUGUGGUGAUGGCCUCCAAAUAAAGGUCAUCUCUGGGGAAGUGACUUCUCCCAUUUGGGUUGCUUUUCACCUGUCAGUGGCCAGGCCCAGAGCAUAAGAAGUGUUGGGUUGGAAAGGAGGGCUCCAGAGGACGACUGCUUCUCCCAGACUGAAAGGAAGUCUGUCUUCGUAGAAUUCGCAUGCGUAAUGUCAGUGGGUCAAAGCAAAGGGCCUGCCUUUCGAGUUUCCCUCGUGUUUGACUUCGGGUACCUUUUCUCUCAGGUGCUCUGCUCACUGGUUGGGAAGGUGGAAGUUUUAUUAGGCAGGACUGCAUGGUGCAAUGCUAGCCGCAGUUCAGUAAGAAUGAAAAACUUAACAGCAACAGAAAAGACUGAAACAGGGGCUUCCCUGGUGGUCCAGUUGUUAAGACUCCCCACUUCCACUGCAGGGGCUGCAGGUUCGAUCCCUGAUCAGGGGAGUUCCACACGCCUCCAGGUGCAGCCAAACAAAAAAGACUGAAACAAAACCACAGUGAAACCCAUCACACCAUCCUAGGUGGGGUAAUUCUUUGGGUAAAGCUCUAAUCAAAGAAAUAGAGGAAUCUUCACCAUCCUUAUUCUACCUCUGAUGAAUUCAGCAGGUUGUCCAGUGUUUAUCAUGUGGCGAGCAGUCAGCUGUGCUCUGAAAGCUUCUAUCCUUUCUCCCUGGGGCUUGGGAUAUUCUGGGAGCUGUCUGAGCCUUGUGCCUCAGGCUGCCCAGGAGAUAGAAUCUUCCUGUUCUGGGUUGCUCAUUGGAGGACUAGGAAAUUGACAUCUGUAAGCCUCCGUGUGUGAUCUUGGCCUAAGCUGGAUCCUGACAUAGUUAAGACAAAUAACAACAACAAAACAGAAACCACUCACACCGAGCAUUUUGAUCCCAGUUAGAAUUUCAGAUAUCAUCCUUCCUCAUACCUUCUGUCUGUAUUUGAUUGUGCUACAAGUGAUUUAGCUUUCUGGGGUACCAUUUUGCUGGGGCUCUUUCAUGAAGGUGGCGUCUGCCUCACGAGCCUUAAAAGAGGGAGGCUUUAUCCAUCAGCAGCUGGAGUGUUGGGAACUGGGGUGGGAAAGGCACUUUUUGGAAUUCUGGAAGGAAUAUACAUGUAUACGUGUGUUAAUUGGGGGAAGGGUAGGCUGGCAGAGGGUUGGAGGAGGCGGGAACAGAGACAGGGAGGAGGAGCUGGCAGUUGCCUCUGGGUGUGGAAGGUCACGGGGUGCGCCGUCUUCCUUCUGUACAGUGUUGGGUUUGUGUACACAGUGUACCGCUGCCUGUGUUUGUUCAUGUCCUGUGUGUGAGCGCUUCGGUGCAUGGAGCCUCAGUACCCUCACCUGGCAUUAAAGUCACGAAUUAG